ACAAAGUCCGCAGAAUGUGUAGCCGAGUGAGGCCAGCCUGCACCGUCUGAUCGGUUUCCAAAAUGAACCACUGACGCGCUGUAAAAGAAAUCCAUGUGUGGGAAUCAUACGUCCUAUGAAAAGAGGAACAAAGUUUCGAGGCUGGAUGUAAACACGUUCCUCUAUCAGAAGUUUUUGAAGGCUGUUUCUGUUUUCAAGAAACUGUUGCCAUGGCUCUAUCUGAGCUAUACACCAAGUACAACAGAGUGUGGAUACCGGAUACAGAGGAAGUAUGGAAGUCGGCAGAAAUCUUGAAAGACUACAGAUCUGGGGAUAGUGUACUCGAACUGCAACUUGAAGACGGUACUGAGUUGAAAUACCCACUAGACUCAGGUGUCACACAACUACCUCACCUGCGGAACCCCGACAUCCUGGUGGGAGAGAACGACCUCACAGCCCUCAGUUACCUCCACGAACCGGCCGUCCUGCACAACCUCAAAGUCCGCUUUGUGGAAUCAAAAAUCAUCUACACCUACUGUGGUAUUAUUCUUGUUGCUGUUAAUCCAUACAAGCAGCUGCCCGUUUACGGAGAUGCUGUUAUCCAUGCAUACUCCGGGCGGAACAUGGGAGAUAUGGACCCCCAUAUAUUCGCUGUGGCCGAGGAGGCAUACAAACAGAUGGCCAGGAACAACAAAAACCAGUCCAUUAUUGUUAGUGGAGAGUCUGGAGCAGGGAAGACUGUUUCCGCAAGAUACACCAUGAGAUAUUUUGCUGUGGUCAGCAAGUCUGGCAGCAAUACACGCGUGGAGGACAAGGUUCUUGCAUCUAACCCAGUAACAGAGGCAUUCGGUAAUGCAAAGACGACCAGAAACGAUAACAGCAGUCGUUUUGGGAAGUACACAGAGAUCAGCUUUGAUAGGAGACAUCAGAUCAUUGGAGCAAACAUGAGGACCUACCUUCUGGAGAAAUCUAGAGUCAUUUUUCAGUCAGAGAACGAAAGGAAUUAUCACAUAUUCUACCAGAUGUGUGCCUCUGCGGACCAGCCCGAGUUCAAGCACCUGCGGCUGUUGAGCGCGGACGAGUUCAGCUACACCUGCAUGGGCGGCCGGACGGACAUCGACGGUGUGGACGACAGGGCGGACAUGGCAGAAACAUGCCGGACCUUCUCUCUGUUGGGGUUAAAGGAGGGCCUUCAGAUGGAUGUCUUCAAGGUUUUGGCUGCGAUUCUGCACUUGGGCAAUGUGGAAAUCAGAGCUGUCGGGAGUGACAACUCGUCAGUCAGUUCUGAUGACCCACACCUGGCGGCGGUCAGCCAUCUGCUGGAGGUGGACGCCGAGGCCUUGUGUCGCUGGCUCUGCCAUCGGAGGAUCGUUCUGAGGGCCGAGACGGUGGUCAAACCGGUGACCAAGGAGCACGCCAUCAACGCCCGAGACGCCCUGGCCAAGCAGAUCUACUCCCACGUGUUCGACGGAGUCAUCCACAGCAUCAACUCGGCACUGAAGGUCCCCGGCAAGCCACACACCUUCAUCGGGGUGCUGGACAUAUACGGCUUUGAAACGUUUGAAAUCAACAGCUUUGAGCAGUUUUGCAUCAACUACGCAAACGAGAAACUGCAGCAGCAGUUUAACCUGCACGUGUUCAAACUGGAACAAGAAGAGUACAUGAAAGAGGACAUCCCUUGGACGUUGAUCGAUUUCUAUGACAACCAGCCUGUCAUAGACUUGAUUGAAUCCAAGAUGGGUAUACUGGACCUGCUGGAUGAGGAAUGCUUGUUUCCACAGGGCACUGAUCAAAACUGGCUUCAGAAACUGUACAACAACUAUCUGGAUAAGAACACCUUGUUUGAAAAGCCCAGAAUGUCAAACGAAGCUUUUGUAAUUCAACACUUUGCUGAUAAGGUGGAAUAUCAGUGUAGAGGCUUUCUGGAAAAGAACAGAGACACAAUGUAUGAAGAGCUGGUCGACAUUAUGAAGGACAGUAAGCUUUCACUGCUGGCAAGCUUUUUCCAAGAGGAAGAGCUCACGACUGCCUUCAGCAGGGGCAUCAAAGUUCGGCCUGCCAGACCGGGCCCUAAGCCUGCCAACAAGCAGCUGAAAACCACUGUGGGCAACAAGUUUCGCAGCUCUCUGUAUUUGCUGAUGGAGACUCUAAAUGCCACGACUCCCCAUUAUGUGCGCUGCAUUAAGCCUAACGAAGAGAAACUGCCAUUCGAGUAUGACUCAAAGAGAGUGGUGCAGCAGCUGAGAGCCUGUGGUGUCCUGGAGACCAUUCAUAUCAGUGCCCAGAGCUACCCCUCAAGGUGGACCUACAUUGAGUUCUACAGCCGGUACAGCAUUCUGAUGACACAGCCGGAGCUGGUGGUAAAUGAUAAGAGACAGACGUGUAGGACAGUGCUGCAGAGGCUAAUUCAAGACUGUAACCAGUACAAGUUUGGGAGGACCAAGAUCUUCUUCCGUGCGGGCCAGGUGGCCUACCUCGAGAAGCUGCGGUCAGACCGACUCAGAGGGGCCUGCAUCACCAUCCAGAAGCACGUCCGCGGCUGGAGGCAACGCAGGAAGUACCUGCGAAUGCGCCAGGCGGCCAUCAUUAUCCAGCAGUAUGUGCGCGGGAGGAAGCAGAUCCGGAAAGCUAUCACGGCGGCCGCGCUGAAGCAGGCCUGGGCGGCCAUAGUGAUCCAGAGGCACUCCCGCGGCUUCCUGGUGCGCCGCGUCUUCCAGCUGCUGCAGGUCGCCACGGUGACCAUCCAGGCCUUCACAAGGGGAUGGUUAGCUCGUAGAGACUAUAGACAGAUGGUGGCUGAGCAGAAGGCUGUGGUCCUGCAGAAGUAUGCCCGGGCCUGGUUGGCCAGGCGUCGCUUCCAGACGAUGCGCCGGCUGAUUCUGAACGUUCAGCUGUCCUACAGGGUCCAGCAGCUGAGGAAGAAGCUGGAGCACCAGGGUAAGGAGAAUAGUUGCCUCCUGGAGAGACUGACAAGCUUGGCCACUACCCAUGCUCAUGACAUGGACAAGCUUCAGAGACUGGAGGUGGAGCUUAGCAGGUCAGCCAAUGAGAAGACAUCCCUGGAGGAAAGGGAGAAGAGGUCCAAGGAAGAUGCUAACCAGGCAAUCAUUAAGCUUCAAGCUCAAAAUCACAACCUCCAACAAGAAAAAGAAGACCUGGAGAAGAAACUCUCUGAUUCAGCUAGGGAAAUGAAAGACAACUUUGAUGAUUUAAAGAAAAAACUCCAAGAUGAUCUAGUAAAAGAAGAAAGACAAAGAAAGAUUGCGGAGAAUAACUUUGAAAUCCAAAAAGAGGACUAUGAUGGACAGAUACAGGCUCUGAAGGAGGAGAACAGACGACUGAGGGAGGAGAAGAUCACCCUCCAGCAGCAGAUUGAAGAAGCGGGUCAGGUCAAUGAUGACAUAGAGGCACAGAUGAUGCAGCUCACCAAGCAUGUCAAGGUUAUACCAGAGCUGCGGAAAGAGAUCCACUCUCUGCAGCUCCAGAGAGCUGACCUGGACAGAAAAAUGAGGGAACAAACACAGGGAGUCAAAGAGAAAAUGACGGAGGUUACAAGUCAGCUUCUAGGUGGUGUACAGGAAGAGAUGCACAUUUCCAGUCUUGAGAAGAUUGAUGAAGAUGAGACACUGUUCUCUGCUUUUGCGGACCUGGGAAAAGCUGCAAGGACGGUUGAGAGCCACUCUCAGGCAGAGAGAGAGCGCUACCUAAGCGAGAUGGAGAGCCUGAAGUUCAAGGCAGAGCGUCUGGAGAGUGAGAAGAGCCAGCUGCAGAAGCUCUUCCAGGAGGAAAAUGGCAUCAAAGACACAAUCCACAUGGAGGUCUUGCGGCUGACUUCUGAGACCUUGGUGAUCCCCCAGCUGACGCAGAAGGUUUCAGAGCUGCAGAUGCAGAAGGAGGAGCUGGAGACCCGGCUGAAUGCACAGGGCACAGAGAUGAAAGAAAAAAUGGAUGAAAUUUCAACUGAACUCAACAGUACUCUGAAUGAUGAAGUGGACAAGCGUAGGUUGUUGGAGCUGCAAAAGGCAGAUUGUGCGAGGGAGAAAGAGGAGCUGGAGAGGAGGAUAGAGGACGUGGAAGAGGAAAAUGAGCAACUGAAGAAGCAACACCAGACUGAGAUCGAGGCCAAGAACCGGAUGAGGCAGGAGGCAUCACGACUCAUCGCAGAGAACAUGGACUUUGAAGAACAACUUGACUUGAAGGACCGAAUGAUAAGGAAACUACAAAAACAGAUCAAAGCCCUAAGGGCAUCAGAGAUUGCCAAUCAGAUCCCAGCACCUGCUGUCCCGAAAGAGUACCUCGGAAUGUUGGAAUACAAGAGAAAUGAUGAAUCCAAGCUGAUUCAAAACAUUAUUCUCGACCUAAAGCCACGGGGGGUGGUGGUCAACAUGAUUCCUGGCCUGGUUGCCCAUAUUCUGUUCAUGUGUGUCCGUCAUGCCGACUACCUCAAUGACGAUGGGAAGCUCAAGUCGCUCAUGAAUUCUAUAGUUGGUGGUAUAAAACAGAUUGUUAUGGGCCACCAGGAAGACUUUGAGAUGCUGUCCUUCUGGCUGGCCAACACAUACUACCUGAUCAACUGUCUGAAGCAGUACAGUGGGGAGGAGGAGUUCACGAAGCACAACACCCCCCGCCAAAACAGAAACUGCCUGCAGAAUUUUGACCUCUCUGAACACAGACAGGUCUUCAGCGACCUCGCCAUCCGCAUCUACCACCAGUUUAUGACUGUCAUUGAGAAGAACCUCACUCCUAUGAUAGUGCCUGGCAUGCUGGAGCAUGAGAGCCUGCAGGGCAUCUCCAGCAUGAAGCCCACAGGCUUCCGCAAGCGCUCGGCCAGCAUCUACGAGGAUGCCGAGGCCUACACCGUCUCCUCCAUCUUACAGCAGCUCAGCCACUUCCACUCCACCAUGAGCCAGCACGGCACCGACCCUGAGCUCAUCAAGCAGGUGGUCCGGCAGCAGCUCUUUCUGGUGGGCGCGACCACCCUCAACAACAUCCUGCUGCGCAAGGACAUGUGCUCCUGCAGGAAGGGCAUGCAGAUCAGGUGCAACAUUAGUUAUCUGGAGGAGUGGCUAAAGGAGAAAGAUCUGCAGCACUCCAAUGCCAUGGAUACCAUGGAGCCAUUGUCCCAGAUUGCCUGGCUUCUCCAGGUCAAUAAGUCCACUGAUGAGGACGCCAAGGAGAUAUCCAAGAGGUGCACCGAGCUCAACGCUGUGCAGAUUGUCAAGAUUCUGAACUCAUACACACCCAUAGAUGAUUUUGAGAAAAGAGUGGCACCGUCUUUCGUUCGGAAGGUUCAGUCAUUAUUACAGGGUCAUGGAGGAUCUACACAGCUGAUGCUGGACGCUCAGUAUCGCUUCCAGGUCACAUUCCCAUUUAACCCCUCCUCUCACGCCCUGGAAGUGAUCCAGGUCCCCAGCAGCCUGAAACUGAGCUUCCUCACCAGGAUCUGAAAACCACCCCAAUGAUCAAUCAAUCCUGGACUCAUUUUAAAUCUACAUGUACACUCCUAGAUCAUGGAUUAGCAAUACACAUUUCAGUACACAGUGACCAGAUAUAUGUUAGAUGUCUUCAUAAAAAUUUAAAUCUAAUGUAGAAUGUUUUGCAAAAAUACAUUGAGAUGUUCUUGCUGCACUGCCCUUAAGUGCCGGUCAGUCAGUGUUAAUUUCACUUGAUUGUUUUUACUUGAGUAAAAAUAAGUAAUUGUGUAAAUAGGAAUUAUAAUGAUGUACUCUGAGAUUGAAAUGGAGGGAUCAUGGAUCGUGAUCAUUGCUUUGUUAGAAUUGUAAACAACUAGUUUUCCAGGAUUAUGGAUUUGGAAGUUCUGGAUACCAAAUACAUUAGCCUCACCUGUGUGUCAGAAUUUUUAUGGUCACAGGCUUGCACAAGUGAACAUUCAAAUGUAGUAUUCACAACUACAAGGGCAACACUCUUCUUGGGUUGCUAGUCAUGACAUUUUCGUUUUCUUUUAACAUUUAACAAUAGUGUGACCAUGACUCAAGAUAUAGCUGAAAACCCAGCUGACACACUGUAAGUAUUCUAAUGUACAGCAUUGUAAAGUGAAAACAAAAUAGAUGUAAAUAUUAGAUGUACUGUAUAGAAUUUUCAUUGAGAAUAUCCAAAUUUCAAUAAUCUUUAGUUGUUUCUUCUUCUGUUACUCUGUAAUUCAAAUAAAAUAUUUAAUCCCAAAGCAAUUAUUUACCUUUUAAAUAUCUUAAGUAGUUUGUUUCAAUUCUGUGAAGUCGUGUAAUGUUCUGUCAUCUAUCAACUAAUCAAAUAAAUGUUCCAAUUCAUA